AUGGGAUCUAGAAGAACAAACACAAAAGGCAAACAGCUCCAAGAACUGAUCAACGAAGGCUUUUUGAACUGUGUCGACGAUUCUAUUACCACAUUUGAAAAGAACGAUUACGAAGAAAAAAUUGACUGGAUUUUAGCCAGUCAACCACUCUUUUCAUUCAUAUCAAAUGUCGAAACACAUCCAACAUUAGGACUUCUUAGUGGACACAAGCCAUUAACCUUCGAUAUCUCGAUCGGAACUGAAGUCAACGCCGCAUCACCACGAUUAUCGCUCAACUUUAAGAGAGCCAACUGGAGGAAAUACAGAAACACACUGGACGAAAAACUGAAAACAUGGAACAAGCCAGGUCCAAUCUUACCCGGUGACAUAGACGACUAUGCAGAGUUCGUCACAAAUUGUAUCACCACUGCCUCCAACAUAGCCAUCCCAACAGCGUCAAUGCCGAAUACAAACUUCAAAAUGAAAAUGGAAUCAAUGAGUAAAAAGGAAGAUUUACAAAUCAAUGUUGCUGAAGUUGAUCCGAGAAUUGAAGAAAUUAACAAUGAAGAUGAAGUGACAAAACAUCACAAUGGAAUUUAUUGGCGUUUAUUAUUUCUUAAUUUAGUUGUUUUAUGGGCAUAUCAAUCAUUAAUUUCUGCACAAAAUUAUUAUAUAAAAUUUUUUCCAAAAGAUCAUUUAGAUUUUUGGGGAACAGUUUCUGCAGGUACAUCAAUGUUUUUUCUUCAUAUAAUUCAAUUAUGGCUCGGUGUUUAUAAAUAUGGAUUUACAAAACGUGUUAUUCCUGGUUUUAUUUGUUAUAUUUUAAUUUCCAUUGCUGUUAUGGCAUUUAAAAAUAAAAUUCUCUUAAUUAUUGCAUUUGCAAGUGUUGGUGGAGUAAAUACAAUCACAGAAUCUCCUAUUUAUGGAAUUGCAGGUUUAUUUACAACAGGUUCAUUUACACAAGCAGUUCAAGUUGGAAAUGGUAUGGCGGGAUUUUUAAAUGUAACAGCAAAUACAAUAAUACGUUUACUUGUUUUAUUAUUUCAUAGUCAUAUUGAUGAAGAUCAAUUGUCAUUUUAUAUUUUUAUGAGUGUUUUGAUUGUUUUAUGUAUUUUAGCAAUUUAUGUUUAUUAUCGUUUAAUUUCACUUCCACCUGUUUCAUCUCGAAUUGAUCAACAAAUGAAUUUAUUUCAACGAAAUAAUGUUCCUGAUGUUAUUCAAGUAAAUGAACAUGAAAACGAACUUUCGUUUUGGACAUUAGCACAAAUUUUAAAAAUUCAUUUAAUUGUUCAAUUUUAUGUUUUAUUUAUUAGUUUAUUAUUAUGGCCUGGAAUUCCAUGUAGUUCAUCAAAUACAGGUUGGUUUGCAUUUCGAGGAAAAACUUGGUGGUGUUCACCAUUUGUUAUUUUUACAUUUAAUCUUGGUGAUUUAAUUGGACGAACAUUAGCUGUGAAAGUUCAUCAAUAUUUUUCAUCAAUGACAUGUCUUGGUGCUGCUUUACUUAGAACUUUUUUUAUUAUAAUUAUUUUUUAUCGUCAUCAUAUUGAUAAUAUUCUUUUACUUGUUUUAAUCACUUUGAUGGGUUUAACAAAUGGUCUUCUUGCAACAAUUACAUUUAUGGUUCGACCAGAAACUAUUGUUGGUGUUCAUAAUUGUGAACGAGCAGCUUAUUUAAUGACUGCAGCACUCUAUUUCGGUAUUGCAGCUGGUUCAAUUGUAGCUGCAACUUUAGCAUUAACAAAUGUUCUUUAA